CUCAAGAUUAUUGGCAACUUAGAAGAGACAUCUUUCUUUUGAUUACAGAUACUGAAUCAGAUGGGAAGUGAAAGUUCUUCUACUUCAGAUGAGAAGAAAGUGAUCAUGGAACCUCUCUUGAGCGAUAAUCCAAACCCAAAAGGAGGCCUCAGAACUAUGCCUUUCAUCAUAGCAAACGAGGCAUUUGAAAGGGUGGCGAGUAUUGGGUUGCAUUCCAACAUGAUAAUGUAUUUGACGAGAGAAUAUAACUUGGAAUCUGCUGCAGCAACUAAUAUACUCUUCAUCUGGUCAGCUGUUAAUAAUCUUAUGCCAGUUCUAGGGGCCUUUAUUGCAGAUUCUUACGCAGGUCGUUACCGGAUGGUCGGUUUUGGUUCCAUUGCUACCCUCUUGGGGAUGGUUCUGUUAUGGUUGACAGCCAUAAUUCCAAACGCAAAGCCUCCUCUUUGUGACCCAGCAAGUGGCAAUUGUGAACCCCCGACGACAUUCCAACUUCUGUUUUUGUAUUCAUCUUUUGGCUUCAUGUCUAUUGGAGGAGGUGGCAUAAGGUCAUGCUCCUUAGCCUUUGGAGCUGAUCAGUUGAACAGGGGAGACAACAUAGAAAAUGCAGGCAUUUUACAAAGAUACUUCAGUUGGUACUACGUUGCAGUCUCGGUUUCAUCCAUUUUUGCAGUAACUUGUAUUGUGUACAUUCAAGAUAACCUGGGGUGGCAGGUGGGUUUGGGAGUUCCUGCUGUACUCAUGUUCUUAUCGGUUCUUUCUUUCUUCUUGGCUUCUCCCUUAUAUGUCAAAUUGAAGGCCAAAACAAGCUUGCUCACUGAGCUCGCUCAAGUCAUUGUAGCCUCUUACAAAAAUAGACAUAUGAAGUUAUCAUCUCAAGCAACGGAUGAAAUAUACCAUCACAAGAAGGGAUCAAUGCUUCUUAUGCCCAGUGAAAAUUUAAGGUGGUUAAACAAGGCCUGUAUAGUGCGGCAUCCUCAACAAGACUUGACCUCAGAUGGAAGAGCCACAAACCCGUGGAAUCUUUGUACAGUAGAUCAAGUAGAAGAACUCAAAGCAUUGAUCAAAAUUAUUCCACUUUGGUCUACAGGAAUUAUGUUUGGUGUGACUCUGAAUCAACAAUCAUUUCCCAUAAUCCAGCUGAGCACAAUGGACCGAAAAAUUACUUCUAACUUUGAAAUUCCUCCAGGCUCCUUUGGCAUAUUCAUGAUUAUCGCUGUAAUAGUAUGGAUUCCUCUCUAUGAACAAAUCAUUAUCCCUCUAGCAUCUAAAAUCAGUGGAAAACCAGCUUAUCUGAGCUUGAAAAAGAGACUGGGGAUUGGACUACUUUGCUCUUGUGCAUCCAUGGCAGCAUGGGCAAUCGUGGAGAUUUUUCGCCGAGAAAUUGCUAUCAAGGAAGGAUUUUCCGACGACCCACGAGCUGUGGUUCACAUGUCGUCAAUGUGGUUAUUGCCACAUUUUGUCCUUGGAGGCUUGUCCAUGGCUUUCAACACCAUUGGUCAGUCUCAAUUCUAUUACUCUGAGCUACCUAAAAGCAUGGCUAGCAUAUCUUCCUCUCUCCUUGGAAUAGGAAGUUCAGCAGCAAGCUUGGUAUCAAGUUUCAUAAUGAACAUUUUUGAUAAUGUUACUAAAAGUGGAGUAAAGGAGAGCUGGGUUUCAACUAACAUCAACAAGGGUCAUUAUGAUUACUAUUAUUGGCUUCUUGCUGGUUUAAGUAUGGCUAAUUUUAUGUACUUCCUGGUUUGUAGCAAAGCUUAUGGUCCUUGCAAAGGAGAAGCCAAUGAAAAGGAAGACAUGAGUAAUGGGGAAUAAGUUUUAUAUAAACCAGUGAAGUUGCAGUAAUGAAUUUGACCAUUGUGUACUGUGUAAUAUCUAAAAAAUUGGGUCCUUUCUUAUGUAAUCGAGGGCAUUGAAAUAGUUAAAUUGGU